GCAGAAAGAGCGAGAGGGAGAACUUCAAAGGUCGGGCGUUGCCAUGGCCGCUGUCACUCACGGGAUUUCCAUGGCAACGGGCUGGAACCGGGCGGGGGCGCUGGGGCGAGCGUAUGCAGGUUCCCUGCUUGCAAACCGCGGGGGGACCCGACGGGCCUUCACAGCGGGUGCUGCGGCCAUGGCGGCCCUCAAGGUUGGGGACAAAUUACCUAGCGUGGAGGUCUAUGAGGGAGACCCUUCAAAUAAAGUGAACUUGUCCAGCCUCUUCAAGGGCAAAAAGGGCAUUCUUUUUGGGGUGCCCGGAGCCUUCACCCCAGGGUGUUCCAAGACCCAUCUGCCCGGCUAUGUGGAGAAAGCAGGACAGCUGAAGGGCAAAGGGGUGGAGAUCAUUGCUUGCUUAUCCGUCAAUGAUAUCUUUGUCAUGAAUGAGUGGGGGAAGGCACACCAUGCAGAAGGAAAGGUGCGGAUGCUGGCUGACCCAACAGGGGCGUUUGGAAAGGCCACUAACCUCUUGCUGGACAAGGAAUCUCUUCGGGAGUUGUUCGGGACAAACCGAUCCAAAAGGUUCUCCAUGGUGGUGGAGGACAGCAUAGUGAAGUCCCUUAACGUGGAAGAAGAUGGGACAGGACUGUCCUGCAGCCUGGCUACCAACAUCGUCUCUCAGCUGUGAGCCCCGGACGCCUGUUGGCCCUUGCCAAUCUCAGCCCUGGUGGGAAUCCACCCUCCACCGCCAGUUGGUUCCUACGAGAAGAUGCCCCUCACAGGAUUUGGGAAUUGGCUCAAGAUGGCGUGUGCAUUUACAUCAGUGUUUCUUGACCUUGGCCUUUUUAAGAUGCGUGGACUUCAACUCCCAGAAUUCCCCAGCCAGCAUGCUGGCUGGGGAAUUCUGGGAGUUGAAGUCCACACAUCUUAAAGUGUAAAGUUGCCAAGGUUGAGGAACACUGGUGUACAUAAUUACU